CUAGCGCGUUCCGAAACUGGACGCCAGGGCCCUAACUGGGGCCGCCCCCGGGGAGGUGGCGCCAGCCCGGACCGCUGGGUCUGGAGGCGCCGGAUUGGGACAGGGCUCGGAGUUCCCGAGGCUCCGCUGAGAAGCCGGGCGGCAGCAAGAUCGCUGCUCACGAACAGCCACACUGGAGCUGGAACUGGAACCCCAUGGGGCCGGGGCCCCGGCUGCCGGGCAGCGGCUCCUCCAAGCCGAGGCCGCGGCGGAGAAUGAGCAAGAGGCGGUGGUGGGCUCCCGGCGGAGCGACCGGGCCGGGAGCAUGCUGCGCUGGUUCAUCACCGUCCUCUUGUGUGCUGCCUUCCUGGGGCUGGGAAUCAGUAUUGCCAUACUGGGACCCACGUUUCAAGAUUUGGCAACAAAUGUGAACCGCAAUAUCAGCAGCCUUUCUCUAAUUUUUGUGGGCCGUGCGUUUGGAUACUUGGGUGGCUCUGUGGUUGGUGGAGUUCUUUUUGACAGUAUCAAUCAUUUUCUUCUUUUGGGGGUGUCCAUGUUCGCCACCACAGUUGGUCUUUAUCUUGUUCCAUUUUGUAAGACCGCAGUGUUGCUGAUUUUCAUGAUAUCCACCUUUGGCAUUUCCAUGGGCAUUCUGGAUACAGGUGGUAACGUCCUAAUCUUGGCUAUCUGGGGGGACCAAGGAGCCCCACAUAUGCAGGCCUUACACUUCAGUUUUGCCCUGGGUGCCUUUUUGGCUCCACUGCUGGCUAAAUUGGCAUUGGGCAUGACGGUGUCUGCUGAGAACCACACAGAGGCUGACUUAAAUCAUCCUGCCCUCAACCAGUCGUCUGAAGCUGACGCAGAAUCUCUAUUUGGAAUACCCGCCGAUAUGAAUUUACUGUGGGCUUAUGCUCUGAUUGGUACUUACAUCUUGGUAGUGUCUCUCUUUUUUUUCACUCUGUUUUUCAAGAAAAGCUCGACUCAGGAAAAAGCAGAAGUGUCUGUUCAGAGGUUUCGAAGAGCUAAAUAUCAUAACGCCCUUCUUUGCCUCCUCUUCCUUUUCUUCUUUUUUUAUGUUGGAGCCGAGGUCACAUAUGGCUCUUACGUCUUCUCCUUUGCAACCACCCAUGCUGGCAUGAAAGAAAGGGAAGCAGCUGGGUUGAACUCCAUCUUCUGGGGGACCUUCGCAGCGUGCAGGGGCAUGGCCAUCUUUUUUGCCACAUGUUUGCAACCUGGGACCAUGAUUGUGUUGAGCAACAUUGGCAGCCUGGCUUCAUCUUUAUUUCUGGUGCUUUUCAACAAGAGUCCAGUUUGUCUCUGGAUAGCAACUUCCGUGUACGGGGCCUCCAUGGCAACCACAUUUCCCAGUGGUGUGUCUUGGAUUGAGCAGUACACAACCAUCCACGGGAAAGCGGCAGCAUUUUUUGUAGUUGGUGCUGCCCUGGGAGAGAUGGCUAUUCCUGCAGUAAUUGGAAUUCUUCAAGGGAGAUACCCGGAUUUGCCUGUGGUUUUGUACACCUGCUUGGGGUCAUCAGUAGCCACGGCUGUUUUAUUUCCUGUGAUGUAUAAGUUAGCCACCUCACCUCUCGAUCGUCAGCGAAAAGAACGCAGGAAGAGCGAGGACCAGAAAGCUUUGCUGUCUAGCUCUGAGCUAAAUGACUAUGAGGAAGAGAAUGAAGACGACGAUGCAGAAAAAUGGAAUGAAAUGGACUUUGAAGUGAUUGAGGUGAAUGAUACAAUGAGAAAUUCUGUAGUCGAGACAUCUAGAAAUAUUUUGAUGGAGCCCACAGCAGAAGUCUCCAGUCAGUCCUAUUCAGAAGUGUUAAUGUUUGAGUCCUCCCCAGUGAAUAGUGGCAAUUCCCCUGUGAAUCACUUGCAAGAAGCCAGGACAAAAGGGACUAAUGCUUAGAGAAGACGGAUAAUUGUCUGACUUCUUUGAGUAAUUGCCACUUCUAAAGAGGCCAGUCAGAGCAAAGUGUAACAGAUUUUCAUUGUGCGUUGGGGAUCAAAAUUUCUAGGUUCGAGUAUAGCAGACACUAAAACAUUUUGAAACGUUGUGUAAUUUCCAGAGUCUUUCAUAAAAAAAGGUGGUUUUUUUUACAGCAGGAUCCUGUUGUGAGGCCUGUGUUUGGCAUGUGGCUAAAUAAAUAAUAUUUUAUGGCCUUCGCCCUUCAGAGCGUGCAAAGAAGGCAUUUGUUUUUGAGAAGUUGGAUGCCAUUCUGGUAGAACAAAACUGUUAAGUCUUUGAAUUGGAUAGUUGGACAAAUUCCCAGCCAUCAGUAUUGUGCCAGGGAAGAUGAGGGAAUCAUGUCAUAGAAGAGCAUCUUAAAAAUGGACAGAUUUUUUUCUUUUAUUAAUUGUUUUACCCUGUUUGUAGUGUUGGACCAAAGAAUGCUAAUGACUCAUGAUUCUGAUUUCUAUGAAGAGAACAUGGAACGGAGCCCUAGAAACCUGGCUUCAAGCCCUCACUACUGCUUACAAGUCUUCUGGCCCUGUACUCAGUCAUUUAACUUACGUAAGCCUCAUUUAUCUCAUCUCCUGAUCUUCUGAAAAUAAGAAGACUUUCAAAGUAGGACUCCAUGGUUUUUAAAGUCUGCAAGAGGUCUGCUAGAAAUUAACAUAAGUGCCACCCAAUUCUUCAUUUCAAAUGAGAAGGUGGGGGAAGGGUGGCUUUAAGAAUGUGCUACUGAUUAUGAAUACAAGUCAGUUGAAGAGACUCAAUGUUUAAUACUUGAUUUGAAUAAUUAUCUGAAGAAACACAUUUUUAGUACUGUAUUUCAUCGAUUCUCAGAUGCCACCUUGUUUCACGUUUUUAAUGUUUCUGAAAUCAGAAUAUUUGUUAAAAUCCAUGAUCCUUUAACAUUGUGACAAAACUUAAUUGACAUUUAUUUCCAUGUCUGUAUACAAUGUUGCAUUUUACAAUCCAGUCUUAGUUUCAAUGAAAUACAGUAAUUCAUUCAGUUAUAGAGAUUAUACUAUUUUUACAGACAUUUUAAAAAGAAGUUAUUUUUAUAUGCUCAUUCUCCCCCAUCAUGUUCAAAUGGGAUUUGGGGAUGCCGUGUUUGAUUGAAAAAGCUGUUUCAGAGUGUUGGUGUUAGUAAUAGGGCUCUGGAUGGGGUCUCUUGAGGUCCUUGCCUACCUCCACGACAGAGUCUGGGUCUGAGCCUUGCUGGUCCAGGGAUUGCUCCACCACCAGUUUGCUUGGGAGUCAUGUUGCAAGUACUGUAAACCAGGCCGCUAGUUUAAUUUAUAGUGAGACACAGUCUUUCCCAGUGAUUGGAGUACUUGUAUUGCUCAUCCAGGCCUCCUUCCGGAGCUUGAAACACCUGGCAAACCAAAGUAAUGAUUAGAUCCCUCCUAAGAGUCCGGGAUCAUGAAUGUGACAAAUCUGGUGUGGGCUGGUCCUUCGAAAAAUGACUGGCAUUGCUGACAGGUUUUGUUCACUCCUUUUUACCACAUCUGAUGCUGAAUCGCACCUAACUUCUCCCUGGUUUUGCAAUAGGUCUGCUUUUUCUUACCUAAUUUCUAUAAAUUUGCCUCUAUUUUUUCUUAAGUGGAAUACAGCACCUUUCUUGACCACCAUCCAUUAUUGAUUCAUAGUAAUAAUCUGACAGUUUUGGAGAGGGCUCGUAGAGAAAUUAACAGUAAAAAGCCCAUUCUUCUUACUCUUUUUAUUCCAUACUUUUCAUUUAGCUAGAGCUUGGAGAUUACCUCUGCUCUGUUUACUGCUUUUUCUUAGGUUGUUCGAAUUUAGGCAGCAGCAGCUACUUGGCAUCUCGGCGGCUUGCUAGAAUAGAAUUCUACCUGCAGCAUCUACAUUUAAGGGGUAAAAAUGCAACUCAGGGAGAGAAGGUAAUAAAAACAUGGCAGAAAAUUUGGAGAUCUACCAAAAAUGUGUUAGAAUCCCACAAACCAAAAUGUGAAUGGCCAUAUGAGAAUAUAGGCAUUGUUAAAGUUUAAUAAUGUAUUUCCAUAUUGGAAGGAUAAGACUGAGUAGUAUUCCAAGAAUUAACAUUCAUUCUAAUAAUCAGUUCUUAGUUAAGUGACUGCUGAUAUAAGAGUAACCAAUACCAGAGUCUCCUAUUUUUUUUUUUUAAGGCCGCACCCACGGCAUAUGGAGGUUACUGGGCCAGGGAGCUAAUCAGAGCCGCAUCUGCGACCUACACCACAGCUCACAGCAACGCCAGAUCCCCAACCCACUGAGCAAGGCCAGAAUCGAACCCACACCCCCAUGCAUACAAUCAGGCUUGUUACUACUGAGCCACAAUGGGAACUUCCAAAGUUUUCUAUUGUUGACAGAUUACUCCAAAUUUAGCAGCUUAAAACAGCAGACUUUCUUUUUUUAACCUCACAGUUCCCUUGAGUCAGGAAUUUGGGCACAACCUCACUGGGUUCUCGGCUCAGGGUCUCACAGGCUACAGUCAGGCUGGUGGAUAGAGCUCUGCUUCUUUGUGGAGCUUGGGCCUCCCUCCCAGGGCUGUCAGGUUUUUGACAGUAUUCAGUUUCGCGCUGUGGUGGCCCGAGGUCUCCGUUUUUUGCUGGCUGUCUGCAGGCAGCAAUCUCAAUUGCUAGACCCUCGCACAGAUCCCCGCCAUGGGGCUCUCUCAUAGAUCCUCUCACAGCAUGGCAAUUUGUUUCUUCCAAGCCAGCAAGAGACUGUUUCACCAGAUUCUGCUAAACUGGAGUCUUUACUAACAGUGUGAUCCCCAGAGUGACAUCCUGUCAUCUUUGCCCUAUUCUGUCUGAUGGAAGGAAGUGGCAGAUUCUGCCCAAACGCAAGGGGAGAGGCAGGAGAUGUGUGUGAUGGGGGGUCACCUUAGGGCAUGUCAACUGCACUCAAGAAUCUGCCAAACGCAGGAGAGCUACGUUUGAUCUGAGGGAAGGAAACCUUCUGCGGUCACGGAAUGUGACCAUAGAAAACCCAUUGAACGUGCCAGUUGUCGGGGUGGAAGGCUCCCCAUGGACUAGGCCAGCAAACCUGGUAAGGGAGACUCUUUGUUUGCGGGGCACUGGAGUGGUUAACUCAGAGUUAAGCUCUUUGUUUCUUUUUUGUUUCUCUUGAGACUUUCCCUUAUGUACCUUACCACUGGGCUUUUUACCCUGUUCAGGUGCAGCUUCAUGUGAGGGCAAUCGUUUAAUCCUAUUUUUCAUAAUAAAGUCCAAGAACACUUUGAGAGCAUUUUUCAAAUACUCUUAUUUUUUAAAGAAGAAUCUUUUUUAAAAGUCAGUUUUUAUUAGAAAAGUAAUGAAGGUAUUUAAAAAAAAAAAAAGGAUCAUGGUAGAAGAUCAGAGAGGUACCUGAAAAUAUAAUGGACAGGAGUUCCCAUCGUGGCGCAGCGGUUAACGAAUCCGACUAGGAACCAUGAGGUUGCGGAUUCGGUCCCUGCCCUUGCUCAGUGGGUUAACGAUCCAGCGUUGCCAUGAGCUGUGGUGUAGGUUGCAGACACGGCUCGGAUCCCGUGUUGCUGUGGCUCUGGUGUAGGCCAGCGGCUACAGCUCCAAUUAGACCCCUAGCCUGGGAACCUCCAUAUGCCACGGUAGUGGCCCAAGAAAUAGCAAAAAGACAAAAAAAAAAAAACAAAAAACAAAUAUAAGUAAUAAUCCUAAAUGCCUAGAAAGUUCUUUGAUUUCUAAAUAAAAGGUAAAGGGGUUAAAAAAGGUUUUUUCCUUCUACCAGGUAAGGUAUCAGAAACAACUUGAAUUUUGUGUUCAGAGUACACCGAUACUAUGUUUGGUGGACUGGUUUUUAGUUUGAAGAAUUGUAGUUUAUUAAAACCAAAAAGAGUGUCGCAACACACUCCUGAAAUAUGUGUGAUUACAUAUUAAAAUGUUCCAGAUAGAUUUACUGAAUAAUCAGGAUAGCUUUCUCAUAAUCAGAACUUUGGGGUUGCCGUAGCUGUGUGUCAUUCAGUCCUGCCACUUAAAAGUUACUACUAAAAUAGAGCUUAAAAUGCUUAAUGGAAAUAGGUAUAUUCUUCUGGGAUGCUCUGUAUUUUUGUGUUUGUUAAGUGCCCUUGUUUUAUUCAUAGUGUUGUCAAUGUGUGUGUAUAUUUGCACAUGUGAGCCCCCAGAUAUUGUGUGUUUGAUAUUUUUCUAUACUGUGGGGAUGCAGUGGGGGUAGAGGUGAUAGGGAAGGGAUACAGAAAAGCUUACUGUAUGCUUCAAAGUUUGUUAGAAAUGUUCUUUUCUUCCUUGAAAUCUUUAUGAAGAUUAUUGUAGAUUUACACGCAGUUGUACAGUGUUCUUUUGCAAAUUUACUGAGGGAUACUUGCUCAGUCUGGAAGGGUAGAGAGCUAGACUAGUGCUUCUUAUACUUUAAUGUGCAUUAGAAUUGCUUGUUAAAAUAACAGCUUCUAAUUCAGCUGGGCUGGGGUAGGGGCUGAGAUUCUACAUCGCUGGUGAUGCGGUGCAAUUGACCCACGGACUGAGAGCACUUUAGGUAGCAGGGUCCGCUUUUCGGGAGUGUCAAAUUCUUUGCUAUUUUGGGGAAUUUAUUUUGUUUCAGCUUUUCUAAGUCUGACCCUAAAUCUUUGGGGGUCUACAGUCCCCAUGAACCCCCUCCUCUUAUACUGUUCUACGACUGACUUUUCUUCAGUCCUCUCAUUUACUGCAUUAGCUGUUGAGUAUUUAUUUCACGUGUUUAUCGAAUGCCUCCUAUUUGGCAGUUUCUGUGGGAGAUGCUAAGUGAAAAGAGCAGAACUUUCCUGGCUUCUUGGAACUUACCUCUAAAUGUAGUACCGUCCAUAUUGGCUGGUGGCUGCCAUACUGGAUAGCACAGGCCUCGUGGGAGAAACGGGGUAUCGAACAAGUAAUCACACAGGAUAUCUCCAAGAAGGAUUUAUUUCCUCAUGUACUAGAGAUUACUUACCUAUUAUCUGGGGUCAGAAAGGUUGUUGUAGAUACCUUGUCAAAUGGCAUAAUAUAAAUUAUGGCCUUUAAGAAGGACUUGGUGCCUCUAAAAAAGAGGCAAACCAAGGCGGGUGACCUUGGUUGUCAGAAGGAAGAUUUAAUCUCUUUUCUUUAAUGCACUUUGACCAGUUGGCAUUUGAACUCGGUCAGACUUGAGUUGGAUUUUUAUUUAGGUUUAAAUAGUCUCAUCUUUAAUGAUGUAAAAUUUUAUAACACUGAAUUUUUACAGUCAAAGAGAAUUGUACUUUAUUUUCCAACAUUUUCCUGUGGUUAUUUUAAUUAUGUCUUCUCCUGUCCUCUGUUUCUGUGAUGUUUAUUUCUUUUAAUUCUUUCAGAGAAGAUCCCUUAGGUUCUUGCACUGUGGCUAUUAUUUCUUGUAUAGUGUUUCAUGGCUUCUUUUUGCCUUAUAUUUUGCUUGCAGAGUGCCUUUAGUGUCAGGUCUCUAAAUUAUUGCAGCUUGCCUUUGAUGCAUUUGGUUAACUUAGUUAAUGGAUGGUCUGGAGAAAUGUUUUGAAGUUGUGGGAUGACAGGAGUAGCCCAAGGGAUUGGGCUUUCUGGUUUCUGAACAAUUUGUUGAGAUUAAUAAGGUGCUUUUUAAAAAUUAUUUUUGGGAGUUCCCAUCAUGGCUCAGUGGUUAACGAAUCCAACUAGGAACCAUGAGGUUGUGGGUUUGAUCCCUGGCGUUGCUCAGUGGGUUAAGGAUCUGGUGUUGCCAUGAGCUGUGGUGUAGGUCGAAGACAUGGCUCGGAUCCCGAGUUGCUGUGGCUCUGGCGCAGGCUGGCAGCUACAGCUCCGAUAAGACCCCCAGCCUGGGAACUUCUAUAUGCCUCGGGAGCAGCCCUAGAAAAGGCAAAAAGACAAAAAAAAAAAAAAAAAUUAUUUUUGAAUCGUGAUAAAAAUACAUAACAUUUAUCAUUUUAACCAUUUUAAGUGUACAGUUCAGUGGCAUUUAGUACAUUCCCAUUAUUGUGCCACAGUCACUGCCAUCAUCCGCAGAACCUUUUUCAUCUUGCAAAACUGAAGCUCUCAAUCCAUUGAACAGUAACUCCCCAUUUCACACUCAUUUCAGCCCCUGACAACCAUCAUUCUACUUUCUGUCUAUGAAUCGGACUACUCGUAAGUACCUCAUAUAAAUGGAUUCAUGCAGUAUUUGUCCUUUUAUGACUAGUUUAUUUUACUUAAUGUCUUCAAGGUUCAUCUGUGGGUAGCAUGUAUCAGAAUUUCCUUUGUAAGAAUAAAGAAUAUUCCAUUGUAUGUAUGUUUUGCUUAUCCAUUUAUCCGUUGGUGGAUACUUGCUUGACUUCCACCUUUCAGAAGUUUUGUGCAUAGUAUUCCUCUGAACAUUGAUGUACAAAGAUCUGUUUGAAUCUCUGCUUUUAAUUCUUUUAGGUGUGGUCCCACAAGUGAAAUUGCUGAGUCAUACAAUGAUUCUAUUUUCAAAUUUUUAGGGUUAUUUUUCAUUUUUAUUAUUCAGCUUGGAUAUUAUCCUAAUCCAGGUUUGCCAGAAGAAGCCAGGUAUAGGAAGAGGAGAAACACACACUUUUGUUAGUAUUGCUUCAAACUCCGGGCAGACUUCUGGCCCAUUAUCAUUAGCUUAGUGUCACGCAUAUACUGAGUAAAUGAACACAUGUGUCGGGCAUCUACCUCGAAGCUUUGUUAUCUCUGCUUCCAGUUUUUGUUCAGUCAUGGAGCAAGUGUUUGAGAGCUUACUUUGUGCUGGGCUCCGCCGACUAAGUGUUGAUCAACAUCCUCUCUUCUCCCGCAGAUCAUUAUCAUGGGUUUUGAUCCCAGUUUUCUGCUAAACGGUUAGUCUUGUGUCAUGUUCUCCUUCGUUGAUAAAUACAGAAACCCCUCUGGCCACCCUGGAACCAGAUGGUGUGCAGUCGGGAAACCAGGGCCUGGCAUGGCCCUGCAGCCUUCAGAAGCUGGGCCCAGUGCUGGGGCCAGGCUACUCUCCACCUGUUUCUCAGAGCAGCUCUGCCUCUCUGCGGGUCUUCUCCCCAGUCCUCCUUCCUUUUGGCUCUUCUUCUGCAUAUCUCUAGUCUAGAUUCCAGAAGGAGCCUGUCUGGCUAACUUGACUAGCUGUCAUUGCCCUUAUUGGGCAGAGUGUGGUCUCAUUAGUAGCUGGUCAGCCUGUGAAUGGGGCCCCAUCCAGGGAGUGGCCACCUCAGCAUUCCUCUCCCCACUGCUCUGAGGCAGGAGCUGUUAUAACCAAAAAGGAAGUUUCCCUGUUUGCUCAGUACCUGGGGUGGUGCUGGGCUUCGUGGAUAAUUGCCUGAAUGGGAUACAAAUUGUCAGGCCCUGGGCCUGAUGGUCUGGUUUAAUGUUUUGAAUUAAAAUUGGAAAGAAAUCAGAGUUCCUGUUGUGGCUCAGCAGAAACAAAUCUGACUGAUAUCCAUGAGGAUGAAGGUUCGAUCCCUGGCUUUGCUCAGUGGGUUAAGGAUCCGGUGUUGACGUGAGCUGUGGUGUAGGUCAAAGAUGCAGUUCGGAUUCCAUGUUGCUGUAGUUCUGAUUUAGGCCAGCAGCUGUAGCUCCAUUUCAACCCCUAGCCUGGAAACCUCCAUAUGCUGUGAGUGUGGCCCUAAAAAGACCGGAAACAAACAAACAAACACUAUAUAUUUAUAUAGAAAAAUCACACCAAAUUGCAGAUUUUUUUUGAAGGGCUUAUUAGACAAAGUUAGUAGUGAUGUGUUUAAUUUUCAUCAAGGAAAAAAGCUCUUUCCUAAUAGAGUAGCAUUUCUGCUUGCAUAAGGUACAAGAGGAUUCCCACUUUGCAAGAGAUAUUAUUACAGCUCUGAUCUCUCUGAAUCAGAAAGACUUCCAAGUCUAAACAUUUCAGUCAUUUAACAUAUCUACUGAGCAUUUAUCAGGUUCAAUAAUCAGCUCCAAAACUAUAAGAGGACAAGACAGGUGAGGUCCUGGCCUUCAUCAAGCUUAUGUUUCCCUAUUUCAACUAAGAUUUACUCUGACAGCCUUUCUGUUAGUUGAAGCAUUAGCAAAGCUUACUGUUAACAGGUUAAACCCAGCUCCAGAAAAAUCAGUAUAGUAGCCAAGCUCUUGUUUCCUUGGUGUAUAUUUGUGUCUGUUCAUCUCCAGGACCUUUACAUGCAAUCUUUGGAGUCAUUUUUGAUUUACAAUUUUAUGAAAAUUAUAUAGCACAGUGCAGUUGAGUCCAAUAGAGUGAAAACCUGCUGAAAAAGGCGACAGCAGAGGAAUGUACCACCAACCACCAAAGGACACAUUAUGGUUGAACUGGGUUUUGGGUUACUCCUUCAAACACCUGUGGGUUAAUUGAGCAGGUGCUCAUUCCUCAGCCCUUUUCUUAUCACUUGCAGAGAACUUUCUGCCCUUAGGGGAUUACCCAGUUCUAAGUCCACUCUCUUUCUGUGACUUUACAGAGACAUGCAUUUAGGAAAGGAAAAACGCAAGAGCAAAAGAACUGGCUUAGCAAGUCAAAACACAAGUGUUUAAGGGGAAAAAAACACGACCUACCAAGGUUUCCAGGUUUGCAUUAGUCUGUUCACAGUGGAAAAGCAGUAACUCUUCCACACGAUCGUUAUAUUCACAAAGGUCGUGACACAUCUUCAGACUUCAGCAUAGCAAAAACCAGGGAUAAAAUUUUGUUGGAGAGUCCAGGCUGAUGGGAAAUAGUCACGGUUUUAUUGUUUUUGAGAUGGGAGCCAGUGAGAUGACUCUGUUAAUUUUGGUAUCUUGGUGAGGUGGGGGGUAGUGUUGCCUGACCAUGAUAUGAGAAGAGCUUAGUCAUACCGAAGCAGGACAAAGUGACAUUUUGCUUCUACACCCUCCAGACCACAUAAGCUCCAGGAGGGAAAAAACAGCCCGAGGGAAAAAUGUUAUUGCAGCUUGUAUUAUUGCCCCCUGGUCAAGUGAUAAGCCUUUGCUCCGGUGGCGUAGGAGUGUUCAAAAAUUACUAAUGCCAGCAUUUUCACCUACGUUAGAAUUUAACUGGUCUGAAGUGGAGCCUGAGUAUUAAUGUUUUGAAAAGUAUCCCCAGCGUGGAACAUGCAGUAGAGGUGGAGAACCACUGCUUUUAUCAAUGCAGAGAACUGGAACUUCUGAUGAUAAUAGUGGGUUUUAAAGGCUAUUUUAUAGCUUGGUUACUACGUCAUGCUCCUUUUAUAGAUGCAUGAAAUUGUCUGCACUUUCUCUGAAGGAAAAAUGGAGAGGAAGCACUUUCCUAUUUCCUGUUACCUCCGCUGUUGCUUGGUCCGUUAAAGAGGGUGAUCAAUACUGUUUGAAAUCCUGCCCCAAAUGAAACCAAACUGGACCUUUUGGAGGUUGCCCUUCUAGAUGGGUUUUGAUUUGGGGGGCUUAAUGGAGUAGGGGUGAUGAUCUUGCACAUUUAUUACAUCUGGAUUUAAACCUACUCACUGUUUACAUGACUUUGUACAAUAUAAAAGCUUGUUUGAGUAAAAUGUUGAUAUGAAUAAAUACUUACACUGGUUUAAUGUAA